ACAGAAACAGAAGGGGACAGACAGCACAGUCUGGGUUGAGAUACAAUUAUUAGACCAACGAUCAUCAAGUACAUACUGCAGUAUUAUUUUUUUCAAAGUUUUUUCUCAAUUAACAUAAUUUGAUACAGUACCCUACUAAAUAUACUAUAAUAGCUAUUCUUUAUUACUUUGAAAAGCAUCUUAGCACAAUUAAAAAGUACUACUAAUAUGUUUUUCAAAUAAGAAAGAGAAAAAGAUUUGGCUUUCUUCUGCCAAGUUUCACACUUUUAUUUACACAACAAAACCCUUUUCAAGGGUUCUCUCUCUUGCUUUCUGUUGUUUUUUCUUUUCUUUUCUUUUCUUUUCCUUUCUUGUGCCGGUGGGAGGCAGUGUAAAACUGGAAAAAGUUAUGUCAGGUCUAUAUAAUCCUACUAACUUUUCACCUGCUAGAGCUGCUUCUCCCCAGAUUAGAAAUGCUCUAGAUGUUGACAGUAAUCAGUACUUGUCAGAGCUGUUGGCGGAGCAUCAAAAGCUUGGACCUUUCAUGCAAGUACUUCCCAUAUGUAGCAGACUCUUGAAUCAAGAAAUUUUAAGGGUUUCCGGAAUGUUGCCGAACCAAGGAUUUGGUGAACUAGACAGACUGCGACAUAGAAGUCCCAGUCCUAUGGGUUCAGCAAACCUUAUGUCAAACGUUACUGGAGCAGGAUUGAGUGGUUGGAAUGGACUUCCCCAGGAGAGGUUAAGUGGACCUCAUGGAAUGUCAAUGGACUGGCAAGGGGCCCCAGCAAGUCCUAGUUCGUACACUGUGAAAAGGAUAUUGCGGUUAGAAAUUCCAGUAGACACUUAUCCAAAUUUUAAUUUUGUCGGGCGACUUCUUGGCCCCAGAGGGAAUUCAUUGAAACGGGUGGAAGUUACUACGGGAUGUCGUGUUUUUAUUAGAGGAAAAGGGUCAAUAAAAGAUCCAGACAAGGAGGAGAAACUAAGGGGAAGACCAGGAUACGAACAUCUGAAUGAACCACUCCAUAUUUUAAUUGAAGCUGAUUUGCCAGCCAGUGUUGUGGAUAUUAGAUUGAGACAGGCACAGGAAAUAAUAGAGGAGUUGCUCAAGCCCGUGGAUGAAUCACAGGACUACAUAAAGAGACAGCAGUUGCGUGAACUUGCUAUGCUGAAUUCAAAUUUCAAGGAAGAGAGCCCUGGACCAAGUGGCAGUGUCUCUCCUUUCAAUACGAGUGGAAUGAAACGUCCCAAGACUGGCCGUUGAGAGAGAUGAGACAUUGGAGCUGUUAAUGCUAAGAGAGGUUUGUACUACUCAGAUAGUGAGAGGCAUGCAAGGGAAUUUCUCUCAACAUACAUCAUAUCCGCAUCACUACCUAAACCAAUGCUAUAAAUAGACACAGGUCCUUGCGGGUGAUUUUUGGUUUGCUUCCGGGUUUUAUUUAUUUAUUUAUUUUUCAACGAACAGAAAUGGAAAGAGAGUAAAAAGGAAAAAUUAGAACUUAUGGUUUAUACAGUUGGCUUUUUUAUUUAGGUUUGGUCGUGUCAGUCCCUUGUAAACUUCAUUGAUUUAUUCUUGUAUUAGUAAUUGUAGCGUGAGUAUGCUGUUAUUGGUACAUGGUAGCAUUAGCAGUUCGAAUCCAGUAGGUCUUUCGUUGAUUAUGUUGUAGUAUAUUGGACAUAUUUUAUUAAAGAGAACAAAAUUGGUGCUU